CCUAUUAUAGUGUUGCACAAGCAGAUCAAGUUUGUUGCAAAAAUGGCUGACCAGAAACCGACAGUGGAUCCCGAAGUCCCUUUUGCCAAGAGGAUAGAUCCAAACAAGGAGGAUCUUACCAGGGACGAAUUCUACUUUAUCAGACAAGUGGAGCUCGCGCAAUGGAAGAAAAAAUCGCAGCAACUCAGGGGCCGUAAUAUUGCAACAGGACUUGCUAUCGGAGCCAUUGUAAUGGGUAUUUAUGGCUACACGUUUUACUCAGUGAAACAGGAGAAGAUCAUGGAUGAGCUGGAUGAGGAGGCCAAGGUCGCGAGGAUGAGGGGUGUAAAGACAGGCGCCAACUGACGUGGCGAUCAGAUGGACUGAGCUCAGAUCGACUGUGUGGUGUGCCACCGAUCCUAUCGCCUGUAGGCCUACAUGCACUGGAAGGGACUAAUGCUGACAAAUGCUGGUACUACAUAUUAUUCCACUGCUAGCCAAUGUCAAGGCAGCAUCGGACCCUGUUUUGCCCUGGAUAUGUAGACAUUUACGUGGUUGUGUUGCUGACUUAAGUGUCUUCAUUGUGAUUAAACAUGCUUGUCAAUAUAAUUAAUUAUCUACUGCCCCCUAUUACCCCUUCCCAUUUCAGGAUCCUGAGUCUUGUUAAAUAGGCACCAAGAGGACUGAAACAGGAGGGACUUGUCCAUUUAAAAUGGUUUCUGUUAAGUGCCCCAAUGAACAUUACCCUAUUCUCCUUCCUUUUCUUCCCAGCGAGUAGGCACUUAUUUCUAUUCCCUUCAAAUCAGCAUCAAAUGAUUUCUCCCAAAACUCUAUAAAACUAAUUCAACUAAAUGUCUAUCAAUAAUGUUAAUUCUACAGUGGCCUUGAAAUAGGUGGGAUUAGAAUUGGAACCGCUGAACUGAGACAAAGAAACACAUAUUUAUAUUGAAAUAUAUUUAUGUUGAUAAAGGAUUGAGUUGUAAAAAUUGUAUUAUGUAUUUGUUUUUUCACAACACAAUAAAUGACAUCUUAUUGCAA